AUAAAAAUAAGAAGAAGAUUUUUUUCUGCGACAAAGUUGUGUGUACAAAUUGAUAAUUGAGAAAUAACUUGUUAAAUUGCAUGUGAGAAAGUGAAUUAAUUGUAGUAAAAUGGUCUUUGGACAUCGAUAGUUUAAAUGGAGCAAAGAGUGGAAACCCAUCCUCCGCCAGAGCUGGAAAUGGAAUCAGGGAUGAAGGAAACAAGGCCAAAUUGGCUCUUGAUGGGCUUCCAUCCGGAAGUGCGGAGUAUGCUGAGUUCUGAAUGGGAUCAGCGAAGAUUUCUUGCCUGUAUGGACAAGUACUUGCACUAUGCCAAGGAAGAAUCCACUGAAGUCAAGAAGGUGACAAACCUCAUCAAGAUACUUUCCGGCAGCAUGUACUUUUUCAGGGAUCUAAAUGAAAACUUCAAGACUACUCCAGCAUAUCUUAGCCGAAUAACUCGAUUGCUGCAGCUCUAUCUUGAUGCUGAGCUACGAUCAUCAGUUCAGGGCAUUACGUAUCAUAUGGAGAUUGUAAAUAAAAUAUCACUACAGGUUGAUUUUCAUCUGAAGGGUCAGGAUCCCAGCUACAUUCUCAGUGUUUUCCUCAGUUGCCCAAGAGCCCAGAAUAAAGCUCAUCGUCUCAUCAUGGAUUCCCUCUACAAGAAGUAUAUCACUGUGCCCAGUUGGACAGUUAGUAAAGUCGAGCUGCCGGAUAAAUUAAUGCUCAUGUACAUUAUUGCGUACAAGCAAUGGUUAGAUUUGUUCCUGGAAGACAGAUUAAAAUUCUCCGAUGUUAUGAAGAAUUUUGCGAUGUUCAAGCCACGUGAGAGUUUUCUGACAAAUCCUAAAAUUCCGGAAGCACUGAGGGAGAUUUAUUCGCACAAAAGGGAAGUGAAAGAGCUCUUGGCAACAACUGAGAAGCUUGAGCGUCUGAAGAAGUGUCUUGAAUAUUUCGAGGAGAAUGAAAAUGAAUUGGAUGAAAUCUCCACGGCACAGGAAGCUCUCACGAGAAGCCUGACACUCCCAAUGGGAGAUGCAGGAUCCAAGUCAAUGGAGGAUAAUCAGCUGGACUUCUCCCUCCUUGAAGUUGGGAGUGAGGGAAGUGUGCCAAUACCGCUGGUGAGCAGUCGAUUGCCGAACAUUGUGAAGAAGGAAGCUCCCUUGAUGCUUGGAAUGAUUGAUCUAACAUUGGAUGAUGUGAAUCCACGGAUGGAGUGGCUGCAGCAUCUUGCGCGAAAAGCUCGCGAUGCCCAGGAAGUUCGCGUAUCACGAUACUCAUCAAUGGGAGAUGAAACAGAUGUGAUUUGUUUGUCUGAUUCGGAGGAGAGUGAAGUGGAUGAGAGGACUGGGAAUGAGCGUGGACGUGAAGAUGAUCAAGUGCGCAGUGAAGAAGUUAUGUUGACGGAAAAUUCUCUCGCGAGUAGUGUUAUGGCGAAGAAUCGUGAAAAGCUGGAUAGUAUAACGUCGAAUCUCGAUGUGGGACUCACGAUGAAGCAUGUGGAGAAGAGUGGGUUGAGCCAUGGGACGAAGAGUGCCAUUAAAUUUGGAGUUCGGGAUGAUCUUGUGGGGUCAACGCCACGCAAAGCGCCCGAAACUUUGGGGGAGAAUCAAGCGAUGUGUGCCACAGAGGAGAAUUCUCUCGGUGCGGGUGUGGAAGAUUCCCAAAAUUCCGUCGAUAAUUAUCCCAUUUUCAAUGAGAUCCGCAUGGAGGAGCGUGAGAUGGAGGCACAGCCAGCACAGCAUUUCUACGAUCAUCCCAACUAUUUUUGCGAUGAAUUCCUGCAAAGGCGGAGACAAUCAAGCGAAGGGCAGCAGCAGGAGAAUGUUAUCUUCAGUAUGCCACAGCUGACGAAGCGUCCACUUCCCAGUGAAGAACCUCUCGCGGCGGGAAGCAGUGAAAGGAUCCACUUCACAACGACGCGAUCGACAACGCUGCCAAUGGUGGUGCGAGACAUUAUAACGGAUUUCUCGGAUGCCGAAGAUGCGGAUGAGGAUGAAGCUGAAAUUGAAUCUCCAUCAAUGGAAACCAUUGAAAGGGCUGAUUUGGUGGAGUUUAUGGAACAAAUAUCCGAAGGAGAACGUCACACGUGCAAAACCCCCACGGAGGGUAUUAAACCCAUCCUCGAUAGAUCCUCAUCGGCGGAAAAGAGUGCAAAGAUCAAGAAGAAAGUUAAAUUUGGAGCUGCUCAAGUUGUGGAAAUGGAUGAUUUGCCACGAGAGAAGAUCUACAGGAACUACCUUGAACGUUCCAGUCCCCGCAAGGCUAUCCUCAAGUCCUCCCUGAAGAGAUCCCUUCAUGCGAGUUUCAGCGAAGACUACGGGAAGUUCCGGACAAAUGAGACGAAUGGGCGUGAAUGGAAGAAGAGUCCGAGUAAUAUUAUGGUUAAGAGAACGUACGUAUCACCGAGUCCAGUUAACAUUUCGCACCAUCAAAUGAAGGCAGAAUUGAAGGCAUCACCUCCGGAAGCAGCAGGUAAGAGAUUAGCAGACGAGUCAACUUCGCAGCAAACAUCUCCCCAACGGAGCACGUCGAAGCAGAAUCAGUUGAGUAUUCGACGUGAGUUUGAGAAUCGAAAGAAAAAGAUGAAGCGUCGGAAUUCAAUUGCCUGCAUAACGUACUCAGACAGGAAAUUGAGUAGGUUUGAGAGGCGACUUGAAUCACCUGCUGCAUCGCCUGUAGUUGCACGAGUAUCACUGCCUGAGGAUCAAAAGCUCUAUCGAGCAUAUGUGCCACUUGUGAAGAUUGUAUGGCCUGUCAUACGGGACAAGUCACCGGGAGAAAAUCAUGUUGUACCUGAUAAAGCAAUUUCAAAGGAACCAGAGAAGAAGAUUGAGAAGGAAGGAAGGAAAGUUGAAAAGAAGGUUGAGAAGAAGGGAGAAAAUAAGAUUGAAAAGCAAGAGAAGAAACUAGAAGAGAGGAUUGAGAAGAAGGAAGAAGAAAAGAAGAUUCAGAAGAAGAUUGAAAGGAAGGAAGAGAAGAAAGAACAAAAGAAGAUUGAGAAGAAGGAAGAAGCCAAGAUUGAAAAGAAGGAUGAAGAAACAAAGAUUGCGAAGAAGGAAGAAGAAAAGAAGAUUGAACAGAAAUUCAAAUUGAAGACUGAAGCUUCAAUUGCGGAUAAAUUAGACACAUCUCUAGGUCCUCUAACGCGAUCAAAGAGAAGAAAAUCUCAUGGAGUUAAUAGAAGUUCCGGAAACACAUCCAGCCCCAAGAUGGAGAAGAAGGAGCCACAGAUGAGACGUCGAAGGAAAUUAAUCGUUGAAUCAGUUGCAGAGAAGAUCCCAGAUAAGAUUGUGCCACCUCUUGUUGUCCUUAAUCCUAUUCCCAAGAAUUUAGUUGUAGUCCAGGAAGAUGAGAAUGUUCCUAGUAGGUUAAGUGAUGAUUUGUUGCUUGCGGAGGAAGUUCCCCCCAAGAAGAAGAGAAAAAACAAUAAGAAUAGCAAAGAAAUUGUAAAGAAUGAGAGAAAAGUUGAGCAAUUAAAUGUGAGUCAGGAGGAUGUUGAGAUGACAAAGCCCGAAGCACAAAGUACCCCACUUAGGGGUCAAGAAAAAGUGGAACAGUGUGAUGUUUCAGCUGUUAGAUUAGAUGAUGAGUUGCCAGUGGUUAAGAAAUCAAAGAAACUAAAGAAAUUUGUAGGUAAAAUUGAUGAGAUUCCUCCGAAGGAGGAGACAAAGACAUCACUUCCAGUGAUUAGUUCAGAUGAAUGUAAACUUACGAGUAGUUUAGAGGUGAAAAUUCAGCCAAAAGUACGGCAGGAUUUGACUGUAAUCACGAAGAAGACAAUGAAAUUAAUUCACAGGGAUACAAAAUUGAGUCGAAGGGCAUGCCUAGAUAUCCGGAGACUCACAACUAGGGAUGUUCAAGAGAUUACAGAUCAUAUUGCAAAGUAUCCAAAUUCUAAUAUUGAUUUUCUCCUCAAGAGUGGGCAGUUUUUUCACAAAGAUUCAAAGAGAAGUUCAUUGGUGGGGGAUGUGGCAAAGGUGGAUGAUGGGAAUUGGGCCACAUCCGGGCGUGAAUGCGCGGAGAAGGGGUUGGCUGCACAACAGGGGGCCACCACUGAGGCAAGCACGAGUAAUUCAUCAAAAGACUGUGAUACGAAGAGAGAUUCCGAACAGGGUGGUGGUGGUGAGGAGAAUCCCGAUGCAAUAAAACGCGGAAGACGAUCCGAGGGGAAGCGAAAUAAAACCCCACGGAGGCUCAAAAGGUCACAAAUCUAUCAGAAAAUCCUCGAAGAUUCGGGUGUGAUGGAGCAAAUUGAGGUGAAACCGUUGUCAGUGCUAUCACUCAAUGAGGAAAUUGGGAAGAUGGCAAGUCCGGAUUCCACAUCAUCGCACGGGGAGGCAAAUAGGAGUGCUGAAAGUCAAUUUCAGGGGAAACCACCAUCUCCGGAAUAUGUAAAUUCCACAAUUAGUUCAACAGUUAACACGGAAAUAAGUUCAACGACACAAAUUGCUGGACCUUCGGGGGGAAAUUCGGAUAACUCUGUGGAGAGUAAGAGGGAUGAGGCAGCAGAACGUGCUGAUUCGGGGAGUUUGGAACGCCUACAGGAAGCUGAAGAGGCACCAAUUGCAAGAACAAAGAAAGAAGAGGUGAAAGUUGCAAAAGUUGAAUUUAAUGGACCAAUUUUGCGAUCUACCGGAAGUGUCAGCACUCCUCCACCACCACCUGCACCACCUAAAACAUCCCAGGAAUGCAGUAGAAGUGAAGAAGGAGAAGCAUCUGGGAAUGAGGAUCAAAAAGAGUUUGUUUCAUGUGACAGUCAAGGAGAUCUCGGCGAACCAGAGAAAUCUGAAGAGAUUCAAGGGAAAACAGCAGAAAAUCCCGAAGAAUCGCCGGAAGAAGAUAAAAUUCCCGAAGAGGAAUUAGAAGAAGCUCAAGAAAACACUGAAGUUCAAUCAGAAGAUGCUGAAUUGAAAGAUUCCGAAGAGAAGGGAUGUGAAUCUCCACAGGGAUGUGAUAGUCAGGGACAAAUGGAAGCAGUUGAAGUGGAAGUUGAGGAAUUUUCGCAUACAAAUGAAAUAAUGGCGGAUGAAUGUCAAGAUGCAUCGCAGGAAGCACAACCGGGAAGUCCUCAAGAGGACCAAGAGAGUGCAAAUGAGGAGGAAAUGAAUGAGAAGGAGCCUGAAGAGGAGGCGGCAAUGAAGGAAGUUGAGGAAGAGGAGGAUGAUGAUGAUACAUCAAUUGAUUUUGAGGAUUUUGACACAGUUUCGGAAUAUUCAGAUCCGGAUUCCGCAUUGGAUGGGAAUGAGGCAGAUUCAAAGGCUGCGAAUGAGGAAGAAGGGACACAUGUGGGAAAUUCAGCAGAUUUAGACAAAUCCAUUGAUGCGGCAAUGAUGAAUUUUGAUCCGAGUGAAGCAUUCAAGGAUACAUCGGAUGUGGAAUCACAGCAUGGUGAUGCACAGGAGAUGCAGGUGAAGGAUAAUCUCUUUGAGAAUAUUUCGUCAAUUGAAUCAACUGAGCAGAAUUAUCUCGUGGAAAAUUGUCCCCUCCUGGGGAAUAAUCAACAAAAUGGUCCUGAUCAGCAAUGUGCAAAGAAUCCAUCACCUGACAGUUCAAAUACGGAAAAUACAGCAACGACGCCACACUGUGCUGAUGAGAAUGUUGCAAUUGGAAUGAAUUGUGGUGAUGCAAUUCCGGAUACAUCUGAUGUUGGGAAUAAUGAGCUUAGUAUGGAUGAACAGAGAACGUAUGUGGAGCAUGAUGGGCUCUUCUCAUCGCCAAUUUAUGAACAUGAACCCGAUGUUAGGGGUAAGUUUAAUGGACAAAUGACUGAUCAAUUGAUGUACACGCACACCCAUGCGAAUAACAUCCUCCUCGAAGCGGAUAGCAGUGAAAAUAUCUCCCGGAAUUUAGCAAUUGACGAUCUUGUGGAGGAAAUGCCGAGUGAUGAGACAACACUGAUAACGGAGAGUGAUAUUUUUGAGGAAUACUGUGAGAAUCUCACGAGUAUUGGGGACAAUGUGACCGUUGAGACGGAAUCGGAAAUUGUCACGGAGGCAUUUGGGAAUGAAGGUGGGGCAACGGAUGAUUUUGCCACAGUCUUCCGCACAACACUGCCACAUGAUAUACAAACAUCCCUACCGACGAGUACGUACAUUGCCACCACACUAGCUGUGCCGGAAGUGAUGGCAACACGGAAGUCUGACAGGCAACGUAUAAAAUCCCACACGAAUCUCUAUGUGGAGCACGAUUACUCCCCGCGAACGGAUACAAAUCGCAUUACACCCAUUUCGAGUACUUCCCGGACGGGGGAUCGAUACCUUCUGCCACCGAAGGCGGAGAGGAUGAAUAGGAAGAGGAGUUUUCCCGGCGAUGGGAGGGAUAGGAAGAAGCAGAGGAAGCCAUUCGGCACAAUGCCUGAGAGUACGAUUAGCCCAUUGCCAACGCAGCCAGCACAACUACCCACAAUUGCCAAUCCAAACCCGCAAAUGCCGCUCCCUGUUGUGCCACAACCGCCCCCGCAGAGAUCAAUCGGGGAGCAGCAGAGCCGUGGAAAGGUGUCCAUUUCAGCGGUAUCACCCUACCUGGAGGUACACAAUACACUUCAGCAGCAAAUAGGGCGUCAGAAGUGCGUCCCAUUGCUUCCGUCGCCCCCUGUGAAUGGCGACACGGCAACAAUAAGGAAAUUCCGGAGACCCAAUCGCAUGGAGAAUACACCACCGCACCAUUCGCUACCACCACCAGUCUACGAACAAAUCUCACCGUGUCCUCCGGAGAAACUUCGCACAACUUGUGCCGAAGUGAAAACAUUCAAUAUGAUCCCAUCGACGCAAUCCAUUGCAGCUCUAGCUUCCGUGGCGCAUCAGAAGCAAUCCGCACGGCCAGGGGAAGUUCCUCCACUGGCAACAGGCAAAAAGGACAUUGCAACAACGCAGGUUUUCUCCCAGACAAUUGGGGAAUAUCAAAUCCUUCAGUAUACAGCGCCCAAUCCCACGGAUUACUGCAUUAUAACGACAGCAAGACAACCACAACAGGUCCCACCACUUCCGGCUGUUCAAGCAACCUUCCCCAAUUCCGCCGUUGGUGGGAGUCAACAGCAAACAGGAGGGAAGGUUUUCCUCACAGCACCAUCGCAACAGCCCGAAGAAUUGCCUCAAUUCGUCGUGGGGGAGUCUGAUGAUCUCGUGGCAAAUUGCCUCAGUGGUUCCACAAAGUGAUCUGGCACACGCAUCGAUGCCAUCCUUCCCUUGCUCUCUCUAAAUGACGCGUAGAAUUAAUUAAACUUAAACAAUUAAGUAAGUAAAAAUUCUACUUAAAUUAAUUUAUAAUAUUUGUUCAUAUCGCAUUUUAAAUAAAUGAGAUUUUUCCCCGUCUUCAUUGAAACUCAUUGUCGUUAAAUUAUAAGAAAAAAAUUAUUUACUCUUCAUUGAAAAUAAGAUUAAAAAAAAUGUGUAAAGGAAUUUAAAUGUAAUUAUGACCAUGAGUGGUAAAAUAGAAAAUAUUGCAAUACAGAGAAUUGAAUAAGAACAGUGUGUUGU